CUUAAACUAGCUAGCCAGCCAAGCCCACCAUUCCCCACUCCUGCAGAUAUAUACAUAGAGGGGGAGAGAGAGAGAGAACAGCAAUAUAGCAUUACCAUAUAUAUUGGGCACAUGGAGAGAAAAGAAGGAGAUGGAAAGGUGUAUAUACAGAGAGGAAAUGAGAGUAUGGCUUGUCGGCCAUUAAAGUUCCAAGGACGAGCUAAAGUUCGUCCCUUUUCAAUUGCUUUCGUUUCGUUUCAAUGUCUCUAAUACGAAACCACAAAAAAUCUCUCUUUUUUGUUUCGUUGCACUUUUGGUUGUUUGUUUUGUUUCUCAUAACCAAGAGGAAAGAGUGUAAGAGUUUUUUUUUAUUAAAUCUUCUGGGUCCAAAAUCUUGGACCUUAGAUCCGAAGAUCCCCACCAUUUGUGGCGAAAGGUGAACUGGGUUCGCUUUUGGUUUUCUCUGUCGAUUAAUGAAUUCCACAGUUUCUUUCUCCCUGUGGUCUCAAGGAGUAACAGCGAAGUGGUGCAGUUGUUGCUUUUACUGUGUCUUCUUUGACGAGUGAUUGAUUGAUCAUUUGGCUUAAACAGAUUUGAAAGUAUCUCAUUAUGCUAUAAUCAUGAUAAAGCUGAGGGAUAAUAAAAUGUCAGCACAUAUCAAAUCAAGGAGAACUUUUGAAGCAGGGUUUACAGGAUUUUGGCUCGUCACCAUGCUAUUGGUUUAUGCUUCUGAGGGGUUGAAUUCUGAGGGGCAGUACCUCCUAGAUCUAAAGAAUGGCCUUCACGAUGAACUUGAUCAUUUGAAUAACUGGAAAUCCACUGACCUGACACCAUGUGGGUGGAUUGGCGUGAACUGCACUUCUGAUUAUGAGCCCGUGGUCCAGUCUCUCAGCUUAAGUGGCAUGAAUUUGUCUGGGAUUCUGAGUCCCAGCAUUGGUGGCUUGGUCAACCUAACAUAUCUUGAUCUUUCUUACAAUAUGCUUACCGGAUAUAUACCUAACACCAUUGGAAAUUGUUCAAAGUUGCAAUACCUGUUUCUGAACAAUAAUCAGUUUAGUGGUCAACUACCUGCUGAACUGGGUAAUUUGUCUCUUCUUCAGCGUUUGAAUAUAUGCAAUAACAGAAUAUCUGGUUCUUUCCCGGUGGAGUUUGGGAAUUUGUCUUCUUUGAUUGAGGUUGUGGCUUACACCAACAAUCUGACUGGCCCAUUGCCUCAUUCUAUUGGGAAUCUCAAGAACUUAAAAAUCUUUCGUGCAGGGCAGAAUGGAAUUUCUGGUAGCAUUCCAGCUGAAAUAAGUGGAUGUCAAAGUUUACAAUUGCUUGGUCUUGCCCAAAAUGCCAUAGGAGGGGAACUGCCAAAAGAAUUUGGGAUGCUUGGGAGUUUGACGGAAGUAAUUUUGUGGGGUAACCAACUCACUGGAUUCAUCCCAAAAGAGAUUGCAAACUGUAAAAACCUUGAGACGCUUGCUUUGUAUGCAAACAAUCUUGUAGGACCAAUACCAGUGGAAAUUGGGAACAUGAAGUUUCUGAAGAAACUCUAUCUAUACAGAAAUGAGUUAAAUGGAACCAUUCCAAGAGAAAUUGGGAAUUUAUCUAUGGCAACAGAAAUUGAUUUCUCAGAGAAUUAUUUGACCGGGGAGAUCCCUACUGAGUUCAGUAAGAUAAAGGAUCUGCAUCUUCUGUACCUCUUCCAGAAUCAGCUUACUGGUGUCAUACCAAAUGAACUUAGUAGCUUGAGGAACUUGACAAAGCUUGACCUUUCAAUUAAUUAUCUCAAAGGUCCUAUUCCUUUUGGUUUUCAGUACAUGACAGAAAUGAUUCAACUACAGCUUUUCAAUAACUCUCUUAGUGGCAGUGUUCCUCAGGGGCUUGGGCUUUACAGUCGACUUUGGGUGGUGGAUUUUUCAGACAAUGAUCUGACAGGAAGAAUACCUUCUCAUCUUUGUCGACAUUCUAACCUGAUGUUGCUGAAUCUGGAGGCAAAUAAUUUCUAUGGCAACAUUCCAGCUGGGAUUUUGAACUGCAGAUCAUUGGUACAGCUUCGGAUUGUUAGAAACAGGCUUACAGGUAGCUUCCCUUCACAGUUGUGCAAAUUGACAAACCUUUCUGCUAUUGAAUUGGAUCAGAACAAGUUUACUGGUCCAAUUCCUGAGGCCAUUGGCAACUGUCAAAAGUUGCAGAGGCUUCAUAUUGCAAACAAUUACUUUACUAAUGAGUUGCCUAAGGAAAUAGGUAAUCUGUCUCAACUUGUGACUUUUAAUGUCUCGUCUAAUUUGCUCAGAGGACAGAUUCCACCUGAAAUUUUUAACUGUAAGAUGCUUCAACGACUUGAUCUCAGCCACAACAGCUUUGUAGAUGCUUUACCAGAAGAGGUUGGAACCCUUCUGCAGUUAGAGCUUCUCAUGCUUUCAGAAAAUAAAUUCUCUGGAACUAUACCUCCAGCAUUGGGAAAUCUCUCUCAUUUGACUGAAUUGCAGAUGGGUGGCAACUUAUUUUCUGGUGAAAUUCCUCCAGAGUUGGGUUCUCUUUCAAGCUUGCAGAUUGCAAUGAAUCUCAGUAAUAAUAAUCUUACUGGAAGCAUACCGCCAGAGCUGGGUAAUCUUAAUUUAUUGGAAUUCCUUCUGCUCAAUAAUAACCAUUUGACUGGUGAAAUUCCCAAAACAUUUGAAAGUCUUUCAAGUUUAAUAGGGUGCAACUUCUCAUAUAAUAACCUUACUGGACCCUUACCUUCAGUACCACUAUUUCAGAACAUGGAAUUUAGCAGUUUCCAAGGGAACAAUGGGCUUUGUGGUGGGCAUCUUGGCUAUUGCAAUGGAGAUUCAUUUUCUGCUUCUGUCCCUCCUUUGAAAAGCAUAGAUGCUCGUCGGGGUAGAAUUAUCACAAUUGUUGCAGCUGGUGUUGGUGGUGUUUCUCUGAUCCUAAUUGCAGUAAUACUAUAUUUCAUGAGACGCCCAGCUGAGACAGUUCCUUCUGUACGUGACAUUGAGAGUUCAUCUCCAGAAUCAGAUAUCUAUUUUCAUCCUAGGGAGGGAUUCACUUUACAAGAUCUGGUUGAGGCCACAAACAAUUUUCAUGAUAGUUAUGUUGUAGGAAGAGGAGCUUGUGGAACAGUCUACAAGGCAGUUGUGCAUACCGGACAAACCAUUGCAGUGAAAAGACUAGCAUCUAACAAAGAGGGGAGCAACAUAGAGAACAGUUUUCAGGCUGAGAUUUUGACUCUUGGAAAGAUCAGGCACCGGAACAUUGUGAAGCUUUAUGGAUUUUGCUAUCACCAGGGCUCCAAUCUGCUUCUUUAUGAGUACAUGGCUAGGGGUAGUUUGGGUGAACUGCUUCAUGGGCCUUCUUGCAGCUUGGAAUGGCCAACGCGGUUCAUGAUUGCUCUUGGAGCUGCUGAAGGUCUUGCCUAUUUACAUCAUGACUGCAAACCAAGAAUUAUUCAUCGUGAUAUAAAGUCCAAUAAUAUUCUACUUGAUGAUAAAUUUGAAGCCCAUGUUGGUGAUUUUGGUUUGGCUAAAGUAGUUGACAUGCCUCAGUCUAAAUCAAUGUCAGCAGUUGCAGGGUCAUAUGGGUACAUUGCACCUGAGUAUGCGUACACAAUGAAAGUAACAGAAAAAUGCGAUAUCUAUAGCUAUGGAGUUGUUCUGUUGGAACUGCUGACUGGUCUAACUCCUGUACAGCCACUAGAUCAAGGAGGUGAUCUUGUCACUUGGGUGAGAGAUUACGUUCACAACCACUCAUUGACACCUGGAAUACUUGACAGUAGAUUAGAUCUCAAAGAUCAAAGUACUGUUGAUCACAUGAUUAGUGUAAUGAAAAUUGCUUUGAUGUGCACAAGCAUGUCACCUUUUGACCGGCCAUCGAUGCGGGAAGUUGUAUUGAUGCUUAUUGGGUCUAAUGAGCGAGAAGGGAACUUCAUUUUGUCUACAAUUUAUGAUCUUCCACUGAAGGGUGAUUCUUCAUGAAAGUAAGCUACCAUUUCCUCCCCAUAUUAUUUGCAACAGCAAAUGGUGGUAUCUUGUACAUUCUUUUAUAAGCAAAUAGCAUUACUGGAUUUUUCUGUUACUCAUUGGGAGUGAGAUCAUUGUUACUCCCACAUUCUAUAUUUCCUCUUGCAAUUACUAGAGUAUAGCAACACUUCUGUACAGAUGGAAGUACCAUUAUACAUGUAUCUCAAAGAUCCAGAUGUUAUCAUAACUCAACAGCUGGUACUUAUUAUUUUUGUUCUUAGUAAAUCUGGAUAAUAUCAUAAUAGGUACUCUUGAUUUUGCAAUCUAAUAUAUGAAGUUAAAAUGCUUUUGCCAUUGUA